ACAUGUUGUCUCGGCUCCGAAACAUAUGAACCCACAAAAAAAGAUUUUUUUUUUGUUGUAAAUUUCAAACCUUCAAUUUUUUUUUCUUUUUCCAUUUUAGGUUUUAUGGUGAUUUAAUAAAAAGAUCACGAGUGUGACUUUGUGUUCCGUAGGCGUUUCAUUAGCUCAACUGCAAAUAAGGACAGAACCAAAUCUCUUUCGCUGUUCCUGUCCUUUGUCUUCUCCAUCGAAGAAUCUAUCAUAGCUGUUUCAAUGUCUUCUGAUCUUUUUGUCUUCGACGAGUCAUCAUCCUCUUCCUUGAUUUCCCGCCAUUCAAGCCCAGAAAUGGCUGCAACUACAGAUCUUCCGUUUUUCUGCAACAACGAUCGUUACCCUUUUCUCGAUCCUCUCAGCAGCGACAACAACAACAACAACUCGGUUGAUGAUUCUCUGUGUGUUUUCGAAGAUUUUGCUCCUCAGAUCUUCUCUUCGUCUCCCCCGAGUCGUCAGCUCGAGACCUUGACGAUUUCUCAGACAGCCCAUUCGAAUUCUGAGGUUUUCACAAAUGGGUUCCAGAAUUACUCCGGUUGUUUCGAUGUAUCCGACGUCAAAAGGGAGCUCUUCUUCGACGGCUCAGGCCAUAACCAGACAGAUGCGGCGGCAUCUAUGGCGCGAAGCUACAGCGCCGUCGAGAAUGUCGGAAAGUAUAUGCAGAGGUGCUUCAGCAGCAACUCAGCGGAGGCGAAACCCGGGUUCCGGCUCAGUUCUCUGUUCGAUCCUCUGGUGGAGUCAUCAAACCUCCAUAACCAGACCUUGAACUCGCCGGAAAACGGGUUUCUAGCAGGCCACAUGCGACGUGUUUUCAGCACCGGAGACUUGCAGAACAUGAGAAGAAGUGUUGGAUCGAAUUCGAGGGCUUUAGGCAUGGAGAAUUCAUCGUCGGAAUCAAACUUGAAAGUUGGACGUUACAGCGCCGAAGAACGAAGGGAGAGAAUCUCCAAGUACAGAGCAAAACGUACCCAGAGAAACUUCACCAAGACCAUUAAGUAUGGAUGUCGGAAAACGCUGGCGGACAACAGAGCACGCAUACGUGGCAGAUUCGCACGUAACGACGAAGUAGUCGAGAUACCCAAGAACUCUUUUUCUUUUGCCACAGAAGACGACGAUGACAAUCUUUGGAAUUUGGAGGGGUUGCAUGUGGAAGAUCAUGAAACUUUUGCGGGCAGCCUUGUGCAGUCACAUAUGCAAUACACAAGUCCCUUCUGGUGAAAGUUCAUCAUGCGUGCAUGGUCGAUACAAUACGAGAUGGAGUAUAACUUCGCUUUCGAUAUCAUAUAUCUAACAUAUAAAAUCGAGCUAUAUUUUGAAUAUAUUAUUUAUCUUUUGUUUAAAGUGUAUCAAAAUGUAAUAUUUUAAUAUAUAUCUCGAUUUUAGUUGUUUGUAUUAUAUCGCGUCAAAAUAAAAUAAUUUUAGAAAUCUUUUUUUUUUUCAGGAAAUAGGGAUAGUAAUAAUAAUAAAGUCACAAAGGUGGCCAAAAUGCUCAUUUGGUAGUUAGUGUGUGCUGU